UCCAACGCGUAGGGCCGGGGAAGCUUCCACGGGGCAAGGAAUUAGUUUUGAGAAAGUAUUCCCGCGGUCCGACAUCCGGGUGCUUUGCACGGUCCAAAACGUCAUUUGCUUGAUACGGAGCUCCUUUGAGGACGAUUUUUUGUUUUUUGUUUGGUUCCCUGAACUUAUUAAUCCCCUCAAACUAUCAUUGCAUUCACUUGGAAGACUUGUUUUGUGCCCUCAAUUACAAUUUUCUUUUACCUUGAAGUUAUCAUAAGGAAUUUCAGAGUGACCAGUGAGGUACCUUGCUUGACGCGUACGCACGGUACGGCUGUCAUGUACAUGCAGGACGGAUGCAUCUACACGUAAAUAGUGCAGUGGGCCAGUUCGCGCACGAGUCUACGACUACGAUCGAGGUCAGAGCUCAGAGCGGAUACCAGCUGUAUUCCAAGACUAGUGUGGGACAUCAUCUCCAUCAGAAAGAUCUACGAAAAGCCAGACAGCAGUUUCCUGAGGGUCACUCUGUGGUGGAAGUCACUGACUUAAACGGUAUUAGGAUCAGGCCGAUUCCGUUCUUGCAAGACAACUAUGCAUAUCUGGUGAUUGAUAAGGCCACAAGCACAGCAGUGGUCAUUGACCCAGGAGAUCCUGAAAUUGUACAGUAUUGGAUAGAAGAAGAAAAUGUGUCUCUGACAGCGAUAUUCACGACACAUAAACACUGGGAUCACUCGGGUGGAAACAAAGUGCUGAGGAAGCUGUACAAGAAGAUAGCUGUGUAUGGUAGCUCUACUGACUCAGUACCCGGCCUUACUCACCAUGUUGUAGAUGGUGAUAGCAUAGAGAUUGGUGGUCUGAGGUUCACAACCCUUUUCACUCCUGGACACACCGUGGGUCAUACAGCGUUCCUACUGCAUAGUCCUGGUGGUGAUAUCCCUGACUGUGUCUUCACAGGAGACCUGCUGUUCCUUGGGGGAUGUGGGCGAUUGUUUGAGGGUAGUGCCUCUACCAUGCUGGAAAGUCUGGAUAAGAUUUGUAAUUUGUCUGAGGGAACAAUAGUCUGGCCUGGUCAUGAAUAUGCAAAGGAUAACUUGGACUUUGCUCAUUUCUUGGAACCAAACAAUCCUGACAUCUCGAAAAAGUUUGAGUGGGUGAAGGAGAGAAGAAAGGAAAAACUGAUAACGAGUCCGUCCUCUGUAGCCGAAGAGAGGACCUAUAAUGCAUUUCUGAGGACAUCAUCUCCUUCUUUGCUACAAGUUCUUGGGAUGGAAGACAUGGCGAGUGCCGGUGUGGUGGAAAAUAGGGAGAAAAUACUCCUGGAGCUACGCAAAAGAAAAGACAAAUAUUACUAUAAGCUGUAGUGGCUUUCUUUUUGUGGAAGUUUAGUAUUCGCUGAUUUCACAUAUGACACCCAAAUUGUCAUUGUUUUUGGAGGACUGUUCAAGACUUGAAACACAAGCUAGGAAUUUAGGGUACAUGAUUCUUCAAUAUUCAAGAGGUAUCAUCGGUUCAGUCAAUUUCUUUGUGCACAGACUAUGUGUAUUCUGUGAAGUGGUGCAUUGUAGAAAUCCAUUUAAGAAAUCAAAGUUAAAUGUAGGAUAAAAAUGUAGUAAUGAGCUUCCACAUUUCAAAGGCGCACAAAGAUUUGUUUUUGAAAAAGACGUUUUAAUGCACAUUUUGUAAGUGGAUUAAACUUCAUUACAUUGAUAUUUAUAUGGGCCAUUGGCUGAAACUAGCUGAACAUGCAUGCAGCGACAGCAGAAUGAUUUUCAAAGUGGGGGGGGGGCAGCUGUUGGACCAUCAGGCAUCAGCCAUUAGUAGACCAAUCCAUUAAGCCCCUCCCAAUCAUAAGCCCAAGCUGUAAAAAUUGGUGGCCCCACUGGCCCCUCUGCCCCCCUCCCCUGCCAGUGAAUACCUGUACAUGUAGUUUUACAGUUGCCAGUGUUCAUUUCAUUUCGUUACUGUUUUCAAACUCAUCUAGUUCCAAAAUUGUGCUCUAAGGCUGAAGAUGUAACAAGCAAAUCUCUUUUGGUGGAGGAUUCAUUUAUAUUACCUUUAAAAUUGAUUCUACUUAUAUUUAAAUGAGCAGUGAUUGUAAGACUGUAUCACCAUGGGCUGAAAUCUUGACACUUCACACUGUGUCAUUUCUAUCUUUAAAUGAGUUUGGGUAAUUCCAGAAGUUAGGGGUCCAAAAGUGUGACGUUUUUGUGUCCCUGUUACGUCUGACCUUUGUUAUUUGACAAAUAUUCCCGGAAUUAAUGUCAAACUAUUACUAUUUGUUUGGCAAGGAAUUUGCAUUAAAACAUCUCUCUUGCAAAUUAGAAAAUGUAUUCUGAAUUCACAAAAUCUUUUGUCAGAUGUGACAAGGACAUGAAGAAAACCCGAAUUUCUGUAAUUACCAUUCAAAAAUAAAGUAGUGUACUUCGAGCACACACUGUACCAUGUUUAGUCAACCCUGUAGAUAAAUAAAAGUGUCAUUUGUAUGAUGUAUGUUAGAUGUGUUUUAAGA